AUCGCCUACGUUGCUACAGCGCUAUAUUCACCGACGGCGCUCUUUGUUAAAUCCAGUCUGAUCUAUAUCUUGAUAAGGGUCUUCCAUCCCCACCACGUUGGAGUAAUUUCCAUGUACUGUCUUCUUGGCGUGGUUGUCUGCUACUAUUUUAUCAUUAUGUUUGUCAAGAUCUUCACCUGCGUUCCAGUCUCAGCCUAUUGGGAUUUAUCCGAAAGAGUCCAUGCGACUUGUCGGAGACAGUCUAGCAUUAUCAUCGCAGAUUCGACCGUCGACUUUGUGGCAGACGUUGCAAUUCUCGCAUUUCCAGUGGCUUUGACCUGGUCACUGCAAAUGCCAAUCCGAAAAAAGGUCAGAGUGGUAUGCAUUCUAGGGCUUGGAGGCGUGGCCGUUGGGUUCAGUCUCUUGCGGCUUGUGAUUGGAAUUCAUGAGAGGGAUAACCGCCAUAAUACGGUAGCUUUUACGAGAUCCAUACUGACAGGAAACGCAGAAUUGGGCAUUGGGCUCAUCUGCGCCUGUCUUCCAGCUCUCACAGCUUUCGCCGCUCAUAAUCGAGAAAAGUCGUCCGCCAGUCGUCAAAAUAAAAGGUCCCAAUCAUCGUCUAAUGCGUUUGAAGGAAGCCAAUUAAUGCAAAACCUGCCGACUGGCUCUGCGGGCCCAGACUCGGCAGGCCCAACUGAUCCGUUGGCUGGCCCGUAG